GCGUGCGCGGUGGGGCGGCAGCGGCCGGGCGCACGCGGCGGCACGAGCGGGGCCAGCGCGGGACUGCGGGGCGCGAGCGCAUCGCGGGACCCUCCCGGGCCGCACUCAGAAUGCCGGGACUAAGCUGUAGAUUCUACCAACAUAAAUUCCCCGAGGUGGAAGAUGUAGUGAUGGUCAAUGUUCGGUCCAUUGCUGAAAUGGGAGCCUAUGUCAGCCUGCUGGAGUACAACAACAUCGAGGGCAUGAUCCUCCUCAGUGAGCUGUCCAGGAGACGCAUCCGUUCCAUAAACAAACUCAUCCGGAUCGGCAGGAACGAAUGUGUUGUGGUCAUAAGAGUUGACAAGGAGAAAGGUUAUAUUGAUCUGUCAAAACGAAGAGUUUCUCCAGAGGAGGCGAUCAAAUGUGAAGACAAAUUCACAAAAUCAAAGACUGUUUACAGCAUCCUUCGCCACGUUGCUGAAGUCUUGGAGUACACUAAGGAUGAGCAGCUUGAGAGCCUGUUCCAGAGAACUGCCUGGGUGUUUGAUGACAAGUACAAAAGACCUGGAUAUGGUGCUUAUGAUGCAUUCAAGCAUGCAGUCUCAGACCCUGCAAUCCUGGAUAGCCUGGAUCUGACAGAAGAAGAGAGGCGUGUAUUGAUUGACAAUAUUAACAGACGUCUGACACCACAGGCAGUCAAAAUCCGAGCUGAUAUUGAGGUGGCCUGUUAUGGUUAUGAAGGCAUAGAUGCAGUAAAAGAAGCUUUGAGAGCAGGCUUGAACUGUUCCACGGAGAACAUGCCCAUCAAAAUUAAUCUGAUAGCCCCUCCUCGUUAUGUGAUGACUACUACAACACUGGAGAGAACUGAAGGACUGUCUGUACUGAAUCAAGCCAUGGCUGUAAUUAAAGAAAAAAUUGAGGAGAAGAGAGGAGUCUUUAAUGUGCAGAUGGAGCCUAAGGUGGUCACUGACACAGACGAGACUGAGCUUGCAAGGCAGUUGGAAAGACUGGAGAGGGAAAAUGCUGAAGUGGAUGGGGAUGAUGAUGCCGAGGAAAUGGAAGCAAAAACAGAAGACUAAAUGUUCUGGGAUACUUAGAAGAGAGAUCACACGAAAAAAUUAGAAACCCCAUUGCAAACACUCUGGACUAAAUGAUUCCAGUAUUGAAAACUUCAAAAGCAAAUAUUUGAAGUGUUUUCCUGUUCUAAAAAGACCAAAAUGUAAAAUGCUCUUCUAAAUAACAUUUGGUGCAGCAACUUACACAAAUUGAGAAGGUGCCUAGUCAAAUGCAAGACACAGAUUUGGCCAGACGGAGUUUGCAGCCCCAUACUUAACACUUUCAUACAUAACAAUUCCUAAUUGGUGAUUACAGCUCAGUACAUCUGUUCCUGAUCAUUCCUGGGAGCAGCAAAACCAAGCAAGCAGAGAAGUUCUAUACAGAAUGUAUUUGAGCAAAUAUUUAAUAAAUUUCUGGCCUAUGUAA